AUCAGAUUUUGCAAAGCGUCCUAAGCCGACGUCAACCCGGUAACGGUGAAGAGAACCGGUGGAAUUGGGAAGAGAUCCGUGUGUACCGCUAACUAUAUUUCGCUCCAGUCUCCUCUCUCAAACUCAAAUACACCAUGCCUUUCGAUGUUAGGAGGUUUGAUGUCUAUAGGAAAGUACCAAAAGACCUCACCCAACCCACCUAUACAGGAGCUUGCAUAUCCAUCCUCUGCUGUGUGUUCAUGCUCUUCCUCUUCUUGUCGGAACUGACGGGCUUCAUAGCCACUGAAAUUGUCAAUGAGCUGUACGUGGACGACCCCGACAAAAACAGUGGUGGGAAGAUAGAUGUGAGUUUAAACGUCAGUUUGCCAAACUUACACUGUGAUUUGGUGGGGCUUGACAUUCAGGAUGAGAUGGGUCGGCAUGAAGUCGGCCUCAUAGACAACUCCAUGAAGAUCCCUCUGAACCAGGGCUACGGCUGUCGCUUCGAGGGGGAGUUCACAAUCAACAAAGUACCAGGUAACUUCCAUGUGUCCACGCACAGUGCCACAGCGCAGCCCCAGAGUCCUGACAUGACCCACACCAUCCACAAGCUGGCCUUCGGGGAAAAGCUACAGGUAUUAAGGGUGCAGGGUGCCUUCAAUGCCCUAGGAGGAGCUGACCGCCUCGGCUCGAACCCUCUGGCCUCACAUGACUACAUACUGAAGAUCGUUCCCACAGUGUAUGAAGACCUCUCUGGCAGGAAGAGAUACUCGUACCAGUACACGGUAGCUAACAAGGAGUACGUAGCCUACAGCCACACCGGCCGCAUCAUCCCGGCCAUCUGGUUCCGAUACGACCUGAGUCCCAUCACAGUGAAGUACACGGAGCGGAGACAGCCCUUGUAUCGCUUCAUCACCACCAUCUGUGCAAUCAUCGGAGGGACGUUCACCGUGGCCGGCAUCAUUGACUCUUGCAUAUUCACCGCCUCGGAGGCCAUGAAGAAGGUCCAGAUAGGGAAGAUGUCCUGAGGUCAAAAGUCAUCCCACCACCAUCACCGCCACCACCUCCCUGCCCCAGCCUCAGCCUCGACGGUCAUCUUAUUUAUAAUGAUCGCGGUGAUUUAUUCGAUGGCUGCUCGAAUAGGAAAAACUAAAAAGGAAUCAAUCGCCUCGUUGAGAGAAAUAGCUGAGUGACCAAUGAAUGAAUGAAUGGCUUGGGUAUCCAUGUAGUGAUCCGUUAAACGCUGCACUUUGUCUUCCUUCCCCCCCUGUCCCCAAACCCGUGUAUUCUUGCUAUUUGGACGCAUUCAUCGAUACAAAGUAUUGAUCCUGUCCGCAAAUAAUGGUCAACUGAAGGAUGUUUCUCUUUUUUCUACGAUGGUUGCUAGAUUUGAAUCCCGGAUGCCAUAGACUAAACUGGUCAUGAAAGAAGACGAAUGUAUUCCAUUGUUCCUGAUACUGAUUUGCAUGCCAUUGAAUUCGUAAUGUAAAGGUUCUUCCAUCCACGUUCUCAGCAGCUAUACCAGUCAUGGGCAUUGAAGCAUGUUGUGCUCUGUGUUCAUGUGUGGGAGUGGCUGUCACUUAAACCAGUUCAUUGUAUUACAUUUCUAUUUUAGUUACAAAUAUCAGAUUUUCUGGAUCCGCCCCUGGUUACAUUUUUAUGAAGUUGAUUUUGUUGGGUUUCAUUUACUUUCAGCUGUCCAUUUACCAUUAUACGAUAUAGGAUAAAAGUUUACUCGUUUUAGUUUUUGCCAUAAUCCAGUCCACUUAGAUGCGUUUCUUUUAGGACACUUUUUUUAAAGUCUGCUUUCAAAUGUACAUUUUGGUUACAGGGUUUACCAGGCAUGGUCAGUUAUUCUUAGGAUUGAAUGUGUUGCCUCCUUUUCUGUGCUUUUUUUUUGGUCUUGGCUUCCUUCUGCGGCAACUGACAAAAAACACUACUUCUAAACUAGUUUUCCUACUUCUUGUACAAUUUGUGUUGUUUUUUUUGUUCAGAAUGUCAGGGGAAUACUACCUGGUGACACAGUAAAGGUUACCUUUGAAAC